AGCGACCGGGAACGGCCGAGAGCGACCGGGAACGGCCGGGGCGGGCGGAGGAGGGAGCUCGGGUUCCCGGGGCUCGGCCGCGGCCACGGCGCCGGCAGCGCCCGAACAGGCCCGGCCGGCCUUGCCCAGCACUGCCGGGCACGCCCCCCGCUGCAGCCCCGGGUUCCGCUCCAAAUCACGAAUGUCCUCAACCAAGAUGUAAUUCUGCUGAGAAAGCUUUUUGUGGUUGGUUUUUCGUCAUUGCUCGUUGUUGCCUUCUUUAUUCUUUACAGAAGAAAGAGUUAGGCUUCAUCCCAAAAAAGCUCAAGAUGCCCGGUAGGGAGUAGGAGUGAGGACUUGAAUUGCAAGGAAAUAAGAUCUCCAGCAUUUAGUAAGCAGGUGUAAGGACUGCAGCGCUGAAAAGGAAACACCAGCUUUGUGGAGCUCUCAUGGAAGGUGGUGACAGACCAGGAGAACAAUUGCACAAUUGUGAUGUAGCUGCCUCAGGUCCGUGCUGUUGGCUGGAACAGUAGGUUGAAUCUUUCUGAACUAUGCCAAGAAAAAGAAAGCUGUUGGCUCAAUUAAGUGCUCUUCAAAACACCAGCAGCUUCCCUCAGAUCAAUGCUGUGGAGCAGCUGAACACUACACCUGGAGCAGAUCCUUCUCCAAAAAGCAGCAAAUAUUUUGCAAUAGAGAAAAAAAACUCUCCUCAGCUGCAAGAAGAUUUUUUCAACCAGCCCUGUGUUAGUCUGGCCAAGUCCUUUCUGGGACAGAUUUUAGUUCGCAAACUUCCUGAUGGCAGAGAGCUCUGGGGCAGGAUUGUUGAAACAGAAGCUUAUCUGGGUGGGGAAGAUGAAGCUUCCCACUCGAAAGGUGGGAAGCAAACACAACGGAACGCAGCAAUGUUCAUGAAACCAGGAACUCUGUACGUGUACCAGAUCUAUGGGAUUUAUUUCUGCAUGAAUGUUUCCAGCCAAGGAGAAGGGGCUGCAGUGCUGCUGCGUUCCUUGGAACCUCUGCAGGGCCUGGAUGCCAUGAGGGAGCUGCGCAGGGCGUCCAGGAAAGCACCCAGCAGGCUGCUCAAGGACUGGCAGCUCUGCAAUGGGCCCUCCAAGCUCUGCCAGGCCUUUGGCAUCGACAAGGCUUUUGACCAAAGGGACCUGACUCAGGAUGAUGCCAUCUGGAUGGUGCCAGGACAGGACCCGCCGGGGGAGCAGGACGUGGUGGCCACCACCAGGAUUGGCAUUGGCAACAGGGGAGAGUGGGCACAGAAACCACUCAGGUUUUAUUUACGAGGAAACAGAUUUGUGAGUGUUGUAGACAAGAAAGUAGAGAGAGAGAUGGCAGCAAAGGGACACUCCCCUGGCAGCUGACAAGUCUUGCAAGUGACCAGGGACCAGGACUUGAGCUGUGCUCUGUACAAUGGCUUCAGGCUGCAUCAUGGCAGAUAGAGGGUUCUGGGGGGUUUUUAACAAUAAAUGUAUUUUGUCACAAUGAAUGGGGCAAGGUGGAGCUUUAUUUGCAGGAGACUGGCAAUGGGCCUCCCAGCCAGAACUGAGGCUGGUUUUGGACACUUUGGACACUGAAGGCCACUUUCUCCCUUGCCAACAGAUCCAGGCUUAAUUAAGG